UCAACAGUUUGCUAGGAGCAGCCAACCAGCUUUCAGCACAAGAGUGAAAACUCAUUCAGAAGUAACAUUACUCACGCAACUUUUACAAGAGGCUAUAAAGGACUUUUGUCAUCAGGGUAGCAGAUCAAUUCAGCUCUAAGCAUCUCACAGCAUUGUACUUCAACAAGGUCACUUCUUAUAAACUUGGAUCUAGCAUAUUUUUCUCAACGAUUUAAUAAUUAUGGCUUCUUUAGCUUCAUCAAGCGUUUUUGUGAGCUCUGUCGUUUUGCUCUUGGGGCUUGUAAAUAUCGCCAUGGUUUCUGCCAGUUGUGCCACUUGCCCCAUCACUCAUCCACAACAAAAGUUCUGUCAGUCAGCAUUUGUAUACAAGGUGAGGACGAUAUCGAUGCAGUAUGUUGACAUCAAUAACCAGCCUGUACUCUACUCAUCCCAAGCCUAUGAUGUCCAAUACAGGGUCAAAGUGGAGAAUGUCUUUAAAGGAGAGGGGAGCCUAGGGAAAGAAGGGAAAACAGUCUUCAUCUACUCACCCAAGAAUGUUUGUAACAUUGAUAAGUUGGAGAUGGGCAUCAGAUACCUCAUCAGUGGGAAUAUGAAAGGAGACAAGAAGCAGGUGACAACUUGUGGCAUCGUUGAGAAGUGGUCUGAGAUUUCCGCAUCUCAGAGGAGAGGAGUGAGAGGUUUCUACCAGUCACAGUGCAAAAGCUGCACGGUAUUUGGGACAUCAAUCCAGCUUUUCUAUGGAGGCAAAGAGAUGGUUGAUUCCAUGAGCUCUGGUCUGUGGAGUCGUCAGCAGUGCUUCUUCAACCCCCUUGCUUCCAUGACCUACGGUAGCGAAGACUGCGAGACAGAGCACGCCUACUGCAUGCGUCAGGAGAAUGGAGUCUGCACUUGGGAGGGAGGAAAGGCCUACGAUAACUGCUUCCGCCAGAGAGAGUACAACUGGCAGCUGAUGCAGUUUGGCGAGAAUGGACUCGCUGCCUGGACCUGCCCUGAGCAAUGCAAGACCCUCACAACCAGGAAACUCAAGUACAAGUGCAAGAAAGCCACCAGGAAGAUGCCACCCUGCAACUCAGGGGAUACAGUCAGAGAGUUUAUUCCUGAUGCUGUACGCACUGUGGUUCCAGAAAUGUCUGAAGUGCGCACUGUCCAACCCAACUCACUGCAGGAGAUCCCCAGGACUGUUCAUCCCAACAUGAUCCAGGAGGUUCCUGCAACAGGUUCUCCAACGGUUGCCAAUGUCCUAUCAGCUCUGCUCCAUGAAGAUUAAAUAGGAAGAGCUUCUCUGAAAUAAACAGAUCAAAUGGUACCAGACCUGGGAACUCUUGGUAGCAUCUUUUAUCAAGUGGUUGCUAUCGAUUGGAUUUGUCUAAAAAUUUGACAUUUCAAGGAUUCUGCUCUGAGCAUGAUCUUAGAAUGAGCAAUCUGGAUCAGGUAGACCGCUAUUUUAGAAGAAAAUUAUCAAUUACCAACUUUAAAUGAUUUUCCCCCAAUAUGAGUAAUUCUAAAGUGUAAAAUAUGAUAAGGGAAUUAGAUUACAUUGAUACGACUUUCAAAGAGAGACAUUUCUAAAAUGUUGAUGCUAGGUUUACAUUUAGUUCCCGGCGGCCACGUUUGUCCGAAACGUAGUGCGCCGUGGGAUUUGGGCCAUUUUUUCUCUGUAUUCAAGGUUUGUUAGGUCUUGCCAAGUUUUUUAUAUUACCUACAGUCACGUUUUGUUGCGUUAACUUUGGGCUACUAGGUUUCUCAUCCGGACUGACUGCCGUGGCAAAUUUUUUAACAGUUUAAAAAUCCUGUGAUUGUCAUGGCUGCCGGGGAACAUUAUGUAAACCUAGUAUAAGAAGCUGAAAUAGCAGGACAACUGCAACAAGGCAUUUUUUAAUGAUUACUCUCUGUAAAUAUGAUCUAUCCAUUUUGUGCACCAUUGAUACUUUAUAAUGCACAUUAUAUAUAUUUAAUGGAUUUAUAACAAUAAUAUUAUACAAAUUGAAAAAUUAUGCAUACAAAAUAAUAUAAUUGUUAUAAUUGUUUACAUUAUUUGUUAAAUUUUUUUAUAUUACAUUAACAUCUAAAUGACUUUUGAAAGUGUUAUGGCAGAAAAAAGGAAGAAUGAAUCUUUUGAGAAUGGAGACUAGAUAAACAGGAUUUUUCACUGAUACCUGUAUAUUUUUAGAAUGCUUCAUAUGUUGUUAUAACCACUAUUCAAAUACCACAUGACUUUGUCAUAUGUAUCAGUUUGAGAAUGGUAUGUUGUAAGAUAUGUUGUAACUCUAGCUAUGAUAUUCAGGGUCGAUACUUUGUGUCUUUCUUUGUUUAUUUACACAAUGUGUUCUUUCAAACUUGAGUGAAACUGUAAAUAUUGGUUAUUCUUAACCAAAUGAAACAUUGGACAUGAACUUUUCAUAUAUUUCUUUAUCUGUGUUCUAUUUAUGAUCAUUAUGACUUCACCAACUGGCAGCUGUAUGUAAUAUGUUGGUUUAAUUCACAAAACCAUCAUACAAUUAGGUGAUUAAAUGUACAUUUUUUUUGUUUUGAAAUGCAAA